AUGCCCAAUGAGCGUCAACACGAAGGGAUCAAAGGACAGUUUUAUCACAAAGUUUAUCGGGCCAAGUAUAUAAGCAAAGAAGCUUGCUUCCAAGCUUCGGUCUCAUCCAAGAUGGUCCUGGAAUUAGCAAUACUCCUGUGGCUUGGAUGCCUAGCAUCGGCAGGACCUGUUGCUUGGGAUGAUUCGAAAUGUUCCCAAAAAUGCGAUGGCGGGAGCAAAUUUCAGUAUUUACCAGAUACAUCAUAUAUUUAUUCCUUCGAAUCUCAUAACGAAUUUCAAGCAGACAGAACAUCAGAUUUGUCGAUAGGCAUGAAAGCGACAGUUGAGAUCACAGUUCUUUCCAAAUGUGAACUAGUUUUGCAGAUAAAGGAUGCCUCAUCGCAGCAUGGUCCUUCAGAGUUGCAAUCUUCUUCUUUCAUACAAAAAUUAAAGAAGAAUCCAUUGCCAUUUUCCUGGAAUGAUGGGAAAAUUGAACACGUUUGUCCAAACCCUGAAGACUCGAAUGACGUAAAUAAUGUCAAGAAAGCAAUUUUAUCAGCCUUCCAAAAUAGUAUGAGGUCAUUUGAGUUUGAUGCAUUCAAUUCCGAAACUGAUGUUCUUGGUUCUUGUGACACAGAAUAUCAAAUCAAAAAACAAGAAGGUGGUAAAAUUGAAAUCUCAAAGAAAAAAAUUGUCAAAUCUUGCUCAAAUCAUCUUAAAGGACAAACAUUACUUACUGGAGUUCCUUAUGAGUCGCAGUCGAGUAUUCAAAGUUUACCUCUUCUAUCGAAUGAAAACUACAACUGUGAGCAGACUUUUCAAGAUGGAAUAGUAGAAUCUGUCGAGUGCGACGAAACUGCAGCUUUUAAACCUGUAUCAGAUUACGGUUACGUGGUAGAAGCUACUGGAACAGUUAAACUUCAAAAGUUAUCUUCUGGGAAAGCCACACGAAUAUUAUAUAAAACUCCCGUGAAGGAAAGUUUGGUCUUCAAGUAUCAAGCCAAAGCUGAGAAAGAUGAUAGCUCAGAGGAAGGCGCAAGGCAAAUAAUUCAGCAUUUGUGUGCAAACACGGACGGUUUGAUCAACAAGAACGCUGCAAACCAUGUUCACAAAUUGAUUUACACCAUUCGCCACUUAAGUCAGCAAUCAUUAGAAAACAUAUAUAAUGCCUUAAAAAAUAAAGAAAUUUGUGAGCAUAAAAAAAUCUUGAGCCUUUUUUUGGAUGCCUUAAAAAUUGCAUCUUCAGGGGGCUCAAUGGGCCUUUUAAGCAAACUAGUUCUCAACAAAGAGCUUUCUGAAAUAGAUGUAAUGCUAUGGACUACGUUGAUUCCGUUUUUGUCUUACGUUGAAGAAGACACGAUUGCAGCAGCUAUACCAUUGUUAAGGAAAGAUACAGCCAGCAGACAAGCUCUUCUCGGUGUUUCAGCAUUGGCGAAUAAAUUCUGUUCAAGCAAUCCCGACUGCGAGACAAGCAAUGCUCUGAAAGAGUUAUCCUCAAGUUUGAAACAAUUUUUAGGAGACAAAUGUCAAUCUUCUAAUGACGAGGAAGAAACACGGGUUUUGUCAGCUUUGAAAGCAUUUGGAAACUUAGGCUAUGUUGGGGAAAGUGCUGAUGCUCUAUUUGAAUGUGCAAAUUUAGCUUCCAAAAACAAGGUGCACAUUAGAAUAGCUGCACUUGAUGCAUUUAGACGAAGUCCAUGCUCAGAAUAUAUUAGCUCGAAAUUAUUGGAUACAUAUAAAAACAAGAACGAAGAAGAUGAGCUACGGAUUGCUGCCUUAUUAACUCUUUCGAAAUGUGCAUCAAAAGAAAUACUACGACAAGUUGUUGAGUCGUAUUCUUCGGAAAAUAGUCAGCAAGUUAAGGUCUUCACCUGGAGCUACUUGAAAAACUUGCGAGAUUCUUCCGAUCCUUUGAAAGCCAAACUAAGCUCAGCUCUAUCAACGAUGAGAAUUAAGGAGCCUUUCUCAACUGAUGUCACAAAAUUUUCCAGGAACUUUGAACUGUCGCUGUUUUCACAUAUUCUGAAUGUAGGUCAAGGAAUAGAGGGAAAUUUAAUUCACUCAAAGGAGUCUUUUCUUCCAAGAUCUGGAAACUUGGACUUCAAAGCGAAUGUUUUUGGAAAUCAGCUUGACUUAUUCGAGGUUGGAGGUCGCCUAGAAGACUUAGAACAUCUACUUGAAAAACUCUUUGGUCCCCGAGGAAUAAUACAGAAUUUCAAUGUAGAAGAUGUAAUGAAACUUAUUCCAGAGCACAUAAGAAAGAAGAGGUCGGUUGAAGCUUAUAAGUCAAAAAUUGAAGCUUUAAGUGAAAGGCUUGGCUAUAAGCGAAGUACAGUUCCCCGAGGCGUAGUCUUCUUCCGAAUAUUUGGCCAUGAACUUGGACUGCUCAACAUUAAUCAAGAUUCUCUGGAACGAUUCUCCAAAUUGGAUGUGCUUCAAACAAUUAAAAGUUUUUCAAAUUUGAAAGAUUUAGAUGAAUCAAGAGUUCUAGCAUUUCUGGACUUUUCCGUUUUGUUUCCGAGUGUAACAGGUCGAGCAUAUAAGUUAGCUGCAAACAUGAGUGUUACAGGUGGCUUGAAAGUAGACGGAAAAAUUGAUCUAAGUCAGCCAAGUUUCCCAAUCCCAAGUGCAGACAUUGAUGGCAGAUUUCAGCCCAGUAUCCUGGCAGAUGAAGCGGCAUCGUUUACUAUUCAUUCUGAAAGUUUUGAGCCUGGAGUAAUUGCUGAGACUUCUUUGAACAUAGGAAUAGAUGUUCAAAUGAAUUUUCAAGUGAGGAACGGAAGAUUACUGCAUCUAAAGCUGAAUCGAAACCGAGAUCGCAGUGAAAUUUUACACUUUAAGCGCACACUAUACGCUUUAAAUCAUGAAGGUAAAGUAGAGCUUCCUAAACCGAAGUCAUACGAGAUGUCCUACUGCACUAAAUAUCUGCAACAAAUUUUGGGUGUUCGUUACUGCGCUUCUACGACAUUUCCUCAUGUCUACAAUGAAGCUGGUAAACCUAAAAUUCCUUUUGUUCGUGAGAUGGAGGCUUCUUUCGUUGUGGAAAAAGUGGACAAACAAAUGGAAGGGUAUGAACUCUUAUUAGAAGUUCCAGAAUCAAUGAAUCAGGAAGAACGAAGAUAUAGAAUUUUAUUUGACACACCGAAGUCAGCAGUAAAUAGAAAAUUUUCCACCGAUCUUACAGUCAGAGGUGCCAAUUAUAAAGAAUGCACUGCGACUUGGAAAACGUAUACCCCUUUCUACACAUUAGAUAUAGAUGGAAGCUUUUUGAAACGAGAUGAGUCGAUGCAAAUGAAGAUUGUUGCAUUGGGGAAUAGUAAAAGGCAGUAUGUUCUAAACCUUGAUGUUGGAGCUGACGUACGUGGAGCUCGACUUGUCGAAUAUCAGCCGAAGCUUUCUCUUACUAUUCCUAAUGUGAGGCCCAUAGAAAUAACCGGCACAGUCGUUUUUGCAAGGGGACGAAAAGAACAGAUUACAAUCAAUCUUCUGUCAAAUAGUUUUGAUGAUCCCAUUACAUUAAAAGGACAUUUGGCAAAAGAAGGUGAGAUAAAUACACUCGAGUCUAACUGGAAACUUCAUUAUGAAAUGAAUGCUAAUGCGUUUCAACAGAUUCACCGAAUCCAAGGCACACUAGGAAACGAAGCAGGAAAAGGUAUUCUUCUGGAUCUGGGUCAUCACUAUGAGCCUGAUGGAAAAAGUUAUGAAAGUAUUACUGUAAAUGCCAAAAUAGAUAACAUAGAAAUUCGUGAUCGUUUAAGUUUCCGCCUUGAUAGCAAAAUUCUUUUAGCUGAGCAUCAAGACCUGAAUACAAUGCUUAUUUGGGAUGUAAGUUUGAUGCCCUUUAAUCACUACAAAAGCGAUUUAAUUUUUCGCUAUGGAGAAAACUUUGACGACGACACUCAUUUAAUACGAUCUACGUUUAUUCAUGCAUUGCACGGAGAUUUUGAUAAUUUUCAAAAAAUGGACAUUGAAAAUCAAGUCGGCUUAACUAUAUCAUGCUUAGAUUUUGACAAAUCUGCUGUGCUCACAGCAGUUUGGGACUUCUUUGACAAACCAAAACUCAUCGUCGAAGCUGGCAUUAAAACUCAUAAAGAUAAAGACAUUCAUUUAGCAUUAAACUAUAAUCAUCUUUCUGAAAAACCAUUGAAAAUAGCAUCUGACAUAUCCUUUACUUAUAAAAAUUACGUAUUCCGAUACAGAGACCAGGCUGAAGAAAUCGCACCUCAUGAGUACCAGGGUAAAAGUGUCAUAGAACCAACUGCAGGGAAAGAAAUCACUGUACAUUAUACAUAUCGAGUCAAAAGCCAGGAUCAUUUUCAUCAUGAAUUUGAUGGAACAAUAAAUUUUCCUAGGAAAUCUUCACCCGUUCCACUGAAAGUAGAGUUGGAAUUUUCAAGAGACAGUGCCAAGUUCAGCACUUUUGCAGAUACUGGGAGUCAGUCUCCUUACUCCAUCAACGUAGCUUUGCAAAGAAAAGGAAGCAAUGAAAUGAAACUUGCUACCCCUUUCCUUGAUGGAGAUGUCAUUGUUGAAACAGCUGAAGCAAUUUACUCUAUAAAAGCAGAUAUUAAAGUAAGGGGUGUAAGGGAAGAUAGAAGAAUUCUGAUGUCCGGCAGUAUUACACCAGGCAAUGUAAAUACUAUGGAUCUGGAUAUUCAAUGGGAUGCUGAUAACGACGCGGAAAAGAAAAUAAGCAUAAAAGCAAAGUCCCAUAAAGAGCUUGAAGAUGGCACUGAUAAACAUAUGAUAUCAGCUACUAUCAAUUAUGUAGGAUCUAUCAACGUUGAUGUAACCGGUAAAGUAAGCACACAUAUUCUAAGAGGUCCUCACUAUUUUAAGGCAGAUUUCUCUGGAAAUAUGGAGCAAAUGGCAAUCGAAUAUAAUCAUGAAAUAAAAGAUGGCCACAUGAAUAGUGUGGCAAAGUUUUUAAGGAGUGGAGUUGAAAAGAUCAGAGCUGAUUUCAAAGGGAAAUAUAUUUUGAAAAGUCACACGUUUGAGCUGGAAGCAGGGUUAUCAUUGUCAUCUCCCUACAAAACAUUCGACGGAAAGGAAUUAUAUUUCAGAAUAAUGGCGGACUCAAAUGACGCUUUAAGAACAUUCAUUUCGGAAUACCGAAUUAAGCCUACAAUAGCGAUUGGAUACGUUGGGAAGUUUGAUUACAUUCGUAAAAGAGGAUUUCCAGGCAAUCUCAAAUCAAAUUUGCUUGUAACAGUCCAUCGGAGACCUAUAUAUGAAGGUAAUGCUAGUGUUGAAUACGGGAAUGGUAAAUAUGCAGCAAAAGCUUCUUUUACACCCAUUUCAAAAAGAAAAAUUAAUUUCAUAUUGUCUUUUGAACACGCAGCUAGAUUUGCAGCUUUCCAUAAAUCUCUCUCGACAUCUUUACAAUACUUACAGUCAGUAGAAGUUAAUGCUGUAGCUGACUUGAGAAAUGUUGAAGAUGCAAAGCUACAGUCAAACCUAGACGUUAAUUCCCACAAACUGUACGAUGUAAACACGACCUUGAAAAUGAAAAGUAUUAUUGAUUUUGACGGACAAAUUCUACUCUUUAGUAGAAUCACGCCUUCGGUACACGUAUUUUCUAAAGCUCAAACUUCUGGCCAGGUGACAAAAUUCGACAUGAACCUAGACAUAGAUUCGAACCGCGUAAUAACAGGUUCCGGUGAGAUGAAAAAACGUAAAAAAGGAUUUAAUAGCGAUAUGUCAUUCAAAUAUAAAGAAAAAGAAUUACUUUUGGUUACCAUUCAUCAAGAUGCAAAAUCUCAAAGAGAGAGAAAUUACGUUAUAAAUGUCAAAGCUCCUAGUAGGACGUACACAGCUAACGCUCGUGUCAACAAAGAAAGGAAAACUAUAAAAUAUGAAACAAAACUUUGCAGGAACGACAAAUGCGUGAAUAUUGAUGCAGCUCAUAAAGAAGAAAAUGACGUAGAUGAAUGGCAAAUAACGUAUAAGAGAGGAAGUUUAGAAUUUAGUAUUGAAAGAAUCCGAGUUAGCACUAACGAUCUAUCACGCUUCCAUACUGUUAUAUACAAAGGAGACAAGCGUUAUGGUUACGAUUUGCGCAUUGGAAAAGAAGGUAAUGCAAGGACUGUGAGUUUAGGAACCAUACUACCGUCACGAGAAAUAAUUGUAAAAGGAGGAUUUGAACUUUCGAUUCGUAAUCCUAAAGUAAAAUUGGAACUUUCACUUGAUGGAAGAAAUCAUCCAGAUAGGAAGUUAAUCGUGGACACAAAGUUUGAAAAUCACCUUUUUGAUGAUGGUCCUUCAAAACUGGAUGUUGUGCUCAGCCACCCAAUAUUUGAGAAGCCUAUUAUAUUACAUUUAGCUGGAGACUAUAAACCAAGUUCAGCGAGAUUCUUCACAGCAGACGCAUCUAUAGAUUAUUCAAGUAUUCCUGAAGAAAAACUAUUGGCGAAAUUAAGCAUUGAAAAGUUAGCAAAAGGAAGUGGUCAAAUGAUUGUUAAUAUGUACCAUAAAGAUACUAAGAAUUUAGAUUUUGUUAUGAAAGCUAACGGUACUUUCAACGAGGAAGAAAGUACUCUUGGAUUAUUAUGGCUCUGGAAAGAUGAGAACGGUGCGGACAAGGACGCUUACGCAUUAGUUACGUAUCCAGUCAACCAAAAGCGAUUUGAAGUUGUGUACUGGAGGCCGAAAAUUCAAUACAAGCUUGAGGGCAAAAUUAAGACUCCUGAGCGUCUUUUGGAAGAUACUUGUGAAGUGGAUCUGACUUCUGAGUACAACGGUGCUAUAACUAAAGCAAAGUAUAUAGCUGACUACGAGACAGGCUGUGUCAACUUAACAGUGUUUGACAGUGAAGGAGAAGCUUCUCGCAUUAUUGAAUUCUGCAACGGUGUUGGAACUAGAAAGCUAUAUUCAGUCGUAAUGCAAAGUAAGGACGAAGAUGGAAUAUGGAAUAUUGACCUUGAGCAAGAAGUUGUUCAAAAAGGCCUGUACACUAUUGGAUUGAAACAACAUAUGACACCUGAUUUCCUCGGAUCUACUUUGUUUCAUCUCACGUCAUUAGCCGAUGAGCUUUUAGAUGGAGGUCUUGGAACAUUACCGAUUUCUGACUCGCCUCAGUAUAAAAAAAUAAAAGCCUCUUUUGACGCUAAAGUUUGGGAACCAUCUAAAGCAUUUUUCGUACAAGGAGCUCCGAAAUUUGCAAAAGAUUUGAAAGAGGAUUUUACCUUUCUUGGAGCAACGCUCAGAGACUACUACAACAGCCUACCACCUGUUACUGAAGUGAAGCAGUAUUUUGAAUCCAUGAUACCUACUCUGAAGCAUAUUUCUUAUGAACUUUGGACUUACAUUUACGCUUAUUAUGAAAAUUAUUUCCGUACUGUCUUGAAUUUUAUCGAUCAAGUUAGGCAAACCAUACAUAGCAGAUGUGAAAAUAACAUAGAUUGUAGGACUUUAGUAAAAGCAUAUAAUGAAGGAGGUUGGAGGAGUUUACUUCAAGAACUGAGAAACGUUCUGCUAGCCCUACCUGGAAAAAUUCAAGAUUUCAUGGAAAAUCCAAGUACGGAUGCUAAAAAUUUCUUCAAAAGAGCAAUAACAGUUUUGAAAGCAGUUCUUCAACCACUAACGAAAUAUCGUUGUGGAGGAAUAGUGUUUAAAGUGGUCCAACUUACUUACAAUGCUCUAGAGCCCCAUGUCCAAACACUCAUGUCGAAUAUGCCACAGUAUUACAGAAAUGCAAAACAUGUUUUAAGAUCGAAUCCAUACAUAGUACAAAUGGCUAAAGUUUUAAAAGAAAGUUAUUUAAAGGUUAGAGAAGAAAUUCUUAAGAUAGAUUAUGUGAGGAUGUAUGCUAGGGCGAAGAAAUGUUUCGAAGAUUACCUUCUUACAAUUGACCCACCUACUCCAAGCAAACUGAUUACAGUUCACAAGAUAGACGUAGAAAAGGGCAUAAUGGAUUUUGAUCUACACACGAGAGCUAUCAAUCAAAUUAUUUCACGUAUUACAUCCAUUUCCUUAACCAUUGCCGAAACGAUUAUUGAUCAUAGUGACCAAUACAACUGGAACACGCUCGUGGUGAAAGUAAAGAGGAUAGCUGAUUUGAAUUUCUUCCCUCCUUAUGAAGCUCAAGCAAUGGUCAUUAGGAACCAUCACUUCAUAACAUUCGAUAAACAAUUUUAUGACUUUUCUGGAGAAUGCGGCUAUCUUCUUUCUCGAGAUUUUGAAGAUGGUAAUUUUACAUUCGUUCUGACGGCCAAAGAAGCUGAGAAGGAACCAAAUGUUUUCGUCAUAUUUAAAGAUACUGGAAUAGAAAUCGGUUCUGACAAAUCUGUGAAAGCUAAUGAAAAUGCAGUAGAGUUGCCAUACUUAUCUCAAGACUUUUCUAUUACUAUAGAAAGACAUACCAUCGUCAUCGAUGACAAGCAUGGUGUACAAGUUAAAUGCAAUUUAAUUCAUCAAAUUUGUAAAUUUACUAUCUCUGGAUGGUAUUAUGGUAAAACGGCUGGGCUUCUUGGUACUUAUAACUAUGAAGCAUAUGAUGAAUUUAAAAGACCAAAAGGGCAGAUUGCCAAUUCAGCAACGGUUCUAGCCAAGAGUUGGGAAUUGAAGCGCGGUUGUAAAACAACCAACUUGAUUCAAGAAGUGCAGAUCAACAAAAAUGCUGAUUAUUAUAAGCUAUGCCAGUCCCAUUUUGAAUCGAGUAGCUCUCUCUUGGCAGCUUGCUUUUCUGAGGUAGACUCCAAAGAUUACUUUCAACUAUGCCUGCGCCAUUUAGCAAUGCUUGGUGACAAUAAAAAAGGACUGUGUGAUAUUUCAGCCGCUUAUGUCAUGGAAUGUGAAAGAAAUUAUGUAGAAUUAAAUCUUCCUUCAAAAUGCCUAACAUGCGAAGCACCUGACAAAACCAAGCUGGAACAUGGUGAUAGGAAGAAAUAUGAAAACUUAGACAAGAAGUCUAGUGAUGUUGUGUUGAUAAUUGAAGACAGUUCCUGCAACAAAAUAGUGCGAAACGACCUCGGAAACAUAGCUCGAUCCAUUGAUAGAGAAUUGCAAAAUGAAGGCUUCAAAGAUAACAUUUUUGGAAUUGUUGGCUUUGGAGGUGACGUUGGAAGCCCUAAAAUAUAUACUUCAAACGGGAAAACAUUCUUUAGCUCUAGAGAUGUGGCUACAGUCGUUCAAGGCUUGAAAAUGACAAGUAAAAAAGUGGAAACCUCAAGAGCAUUUGAAGCAAUGAAAUUUGCAGUUACACACCUAGAAAGGAGUGAUACAGCGAAGUCAUUUGUGCUGUUUUCUUGUUCACCUUGCAAAUAUGAUUAUAAAUCACUGCAAUAUCCUGUUGUGCAACAGAUACUUCUUGAAAGAGGAAUUAGUUUGCAUGUAAUUAAUAAUAAUGAGAUUGCAGUACGAAAGAGCACUGCCAAAGAAAAGGAUAUUAUUGGUAUGGAUCCUGAUACCGUUUACCAUGCAAAAGAUGUGACACAAAAGGUUCUCGUUGGUGAUCGAGAUUUACGAUCUCAAGUAUCUCUGCCAAAGGACCUCUGCGUCGCGUUGUCUCAGGACGUCAAUGGAAGCUUCUUCUCUACUCAUCCCUUAGAAAAAUCCGCAUCCAGUGACGUUAAAAACUGGCGAGGUGUUUUCUCAAGGAAGUUCGUGCAAGCGACUCAGUACUUUGCGUGUCAAUGGUGUGAUUGUACAUCUACGAGAGACCACGUCUCGAACACAGUGUGUCAACCUUGCGAAAUCAAAAGGCCAAGGCUGCCUUAUUCCCUGUACCUUUCCACAGACGCCAAUUUUUUCUGACGUUUCAUACCGAUAUUAUGACAGAAUUGUGGUUCGUCAUACUUAAAAGCAUUAAGACUAAUCAAAGGAAUCCCUUUUAGUUUUUGGGUUGUACAAAACAAUGAAAUUAUGUCACUCAUCACACAUUUAUGGUUUUGUUGUCUUGUGUAUGAAUAUAUUUAAACUUUAAUAAAAUAAAGAAAAUUAUUCUUUCAA